AAUGCCGUAUCCUCGUCUGAACCCGAGUGCCUGCAAUUGCCAUUAACUUAAGCUGCAUGAUGAGCUUCUGAAGAUCAAGCCUCUGGUUUCGGAUGCAGUCUGAGUCUGAGAAGUAUGAAGAAGAGAUGCCUUCUCUGCACUGGGGCAUAGAUCCUGUAUUUUCUGCAUUUGCAAGACUUUAUAUAAAAGAUAUUACAGAAAUGAGAGAAUCUAUACAGGUGCCAGGUGUAUUCUUUUAUAAUGGACAUCCAAUAAGACAGGUGGAUGUUGUUGGGAUAGUGGUUCAAACAAAGGAGCGAGAUGCCUUUUAUAAUUGUGGAGUGGAUGAUAGUACUGGAGUUAUAAAUUGUGUCUGCUGGAAAAAUCCCAUGGUAGCAGAAACACCUUUAUCAGGUCAUCCAAGCACACCCAGCAGUCUCAGUGUGUUUGAACAGCUGAAGAAACUCCAAGAAACAGUAAGCCAGAGAACCAAGCUGGAGAUUGGAGAUGUUGUCAGGGUCAGAGGUCACAUCCGAACCUAUAGGCAAAAAAGAGAAAUUCAGGCUUCAUGUUUUUAUAAAGUGGAUGAUCCUGUGUGUGAUGUCCAGAUUUCAAGAAUGCUGGAGCUACCCCGUCUCUAUAGAGAAGUUUAUGAUAAACCUUUCAAGGGCCCUGAGGAAAUACAGAGUGACUUGGAGGGUCAGAAUUUCUCAGUUCAUAUGCUGCAGGAGAAAGUGCAAGGCUUUCUAUUAGAAAACAAAAUUCAGACCUUUUACCAGCAGGAGUUGGAGACAGUUGAUUCUCUGGUGUCUCUGAUGGGUGUGCAUCUACCCAGCCCCACCUGUGAGGAGGUGAAGUCAGAAAGUAACUCCAGUUCCAAAAGGAUUCAUAGUGUUUUUAAGGAAGCAAUAAAGAUGCUACAAGAAAAAGGAGUGGUUUUCCAGAAACCUAGCAGCUCCAAGGACUUAUACUAUGUGACUGAGCAUGAUAAGGAGCUGUUUAAAGUGACCCUUGAUGUGAUUAAAGAAGACUGUCGAAAACCCAAGCAUGCUGAAAAAGGCUGCCAUUUCCUUCAUGUCCUGAGUUGUGUUCGGCAGAGCUACAGCCCCUCGCUGCCUGAAGUGGUCAUGCACCGUGUCUUGGAACUACUGGAGAGUAACAGUGAUGUUGUCAGCACUAUGGAAGGAUAUUUCAUGGUAUUUUAAAGAGAAAAGAUAAGAAAGAGAGGUUGAGAGACUGUGAGAAGCUGUAAUUAUCUGGUGUGAUCUAGAUAGUGGAUAAAAAGAGCCUUUUGAUUCUCCAAAUGUUAUUUUUGUCCAGCUUCAGAGAAAUUGUUCAAAUACUUGUUUUAAUGUUCUUCCUGACAGCCUUGCUAUUCCUAGUGAAAGUGAUUCUGGAUAUUCUAAUCUAGCAGGGAAACUGGAAAAGAAACUGUUCUCUUGGAGUAGUAUGAGACAUUCACCAUCCUCACAUCUGCAUCCAAUGGGCCUUAAAGAAAAGUUUCUGCUAAAGAUCACUGUUUACAGCAGUGGUCAUCUCAGGAGAUAUUUUUCUGGCUUAAAGACUGAUCUUGCUAGGUUUCAUAUGGUAAUAGCUGUGGAUCUUUCUUUUUAUGUGAACUUGUGACACCUAGAGAAAGGACACACAAACAGAGGGAUUUGCCUGUCCUUCCUGGCAGUGCUGGUGCAUCUUUGUCUGUGAAUAUGUGUUCCUCAGUCUGGACAGCUUUCCCACUACUAAAGCAAUCCUUACCAUUCUUUGUAAAGUAAUGUUCAGGAAUGGGGUCCUGCAUCCCUUCCCAAUCCUGCAUCCCUUGCCCACUGGUUGUCAAGCAUGUGUGUGUUCCUCUGCAUUCUCAUCUGUGCCACUGAUACCUGUUGUGGUUUCUCUUCAGACAAGAAUUCUCAAAAUCAGCUACAGUUUUCCUGUUUCAGUUGCUUCCUAGAUCACAAAUGGUAAAGCAUAAAUUAGAUUGUAAAAGAAAAUACAGAAGCCAAUGAGACCCACUGUAA